CUGGGUUUCUUUGAUUAUUGCAGCUAUACUUCAUUUGACUAGCUGUUAGCAGCUCUGUAAUAAAUCCUCAUAGUAGGUAUGCCCUGUUUACUGUGUGAAUUAUGAUCUAACUGAGUGGAUUCACUGUGACGGUGGACAGAAAAUGCCCCUCCUCUUUCACUUAUUGUAAUCCCUCCUUCAAUUCUUUUGUCACUUUAUCCCUCCAUCUCCCUCCAGAGGCAGACUUUACUAUCGUGCAAAAGCGACACCCGCCUGGGAUCACCAACAGACAAGGACCCCAAAGGUAUAUGCUAAAAAAAUUAUUUUUAAAAAAAAAAGCUUAAUGUGCAGAGACAAUUUAAGGAAGGUUAAUGAGGCAGUUGAUGGUAGACAUUCUUAUAAAAGUUUAUGCAACAAAUAUUCUAUGCAUGUAUUAUGUGAGAAGGCAAAGAGAGAAGAAGAAAAAGAUCAGGAAAGCAGAACUCAAAGAGUCACAUCUUUUUUCUCCACAGCUGAUUCUGCUGCGUAAGAACAGCCUGCUCUUAGCACUCAUGCUGCUGCUAUAUAUAUUCAUUGUAAAAUUAAUAAACUCCUUUCUCCUUUGUGAUAGUGACAAAAUGGUUUUACACUUAAGCCAACAUCAUUCUUUUCUCAUGUUGACUAUGAGACAGAACACAGAAGCACAACUUUUAACAACAGCAAGCAGGUGCAGUCAGUAUUUUUAUGUAUUGAAACGACCCAGAAAGCAAUGAUUUAAUGAUCUGUAGGCCAAAACACAUAUAUAAAGGUUUUUACGCAUCUAGGUUGUUGUUUCAACAGCAUUUAAAUGCUUUUCAAUGCAGGCCCAUAGCUAACAAUGGGGAAAAUAUCUUUAGCAUUUAUUCUGGGGAUUUUUUUGACCAAUGAAGGAGUUUACGUUCUAAAUAUAAAUUACAUGUGAAGGAGUUUAAAUUAGGUUUUUGAUGGGGCAAUCAGUGUUACAACCUUUAACCUUUAGUCUUUUAACCCCAGUGUGUCACAAGUACACAAUGAAAUAAAGUAAGUAAAAAUGGUUGUAUCCUAGACAUCUAAAAAACGUGUAUUUCCUUACUUACAGAUGAAAUACCAGAACGGUAGCAACAAAUACACCAAAAAAUCUAAAACUCUGUAGCAUGCAAUUGAACCUGCAAACAUAUGGUGCUUUAAGGAAAAUUAGGAAAAGAAAAGGGUGAUGCUGAGGCCCCUAAUUUUGCCUCAGGCCUCCAGUCCACCCCCAGCUUCAUCCCUCCCUGUUUGUUUGAGUUGCCUGCACGCCUCUCUCCUCCCUUCAGCAUCCUUCUCCCUCCCUUCAUCCAUUCUCCCCUUCUCCACUUUCAUUUUUUGGCCCUCUACAGCUAUUCUCCAUCUUUCUGCUACUUUGCCCUCUCUCCCUGCAUCCUUUCUUUUUUUCAUAUCUGUUGCCUUUUCAUCUUACACUCCACCCCUUCCUCCCACCGGUGGCGCCCAUACACCGACCAGAGCACAGACUCGCUUGUUGUCAGUCACUUUCCUAGUGAACAGACGGCAGCAGCAGCAACAGCAGCAGCAGCAGGAGGAGCGGAGACGGUAAUCCCCCCAAGUCCACCCCACCCCUUUCCAAAACCCAGAAACCGGUGGUGGGAGGGGAACAAAACCUCGCGGGACACCUGUGCUGCUGGAUUCCCUAUCUGGUGCUUUAUGAAACAUGAUUUAAGAUCUAAAUUCACGCCCAAAUUGUGGAUGAUGAUGAUGAUGAUGAUGAUGGGAAGCAGUGAUGAUUAAGACGGGGAUGUAGACGCGGAAACAAGCGGCCAAAUCUGCCUAGAUUGACGGAGCGGUCGGUGGCGCCACCAGCAGCAGCACCAGCAGCAACAUCAGUCGGUCGGCUGGUGGAGAUGCGUUGUGAAGGCGGAGGGUUGAUGGUGAUGAUGAUGAUAUAGCAGGUGCUGCAGGCUCGUGCCGCAUUGCCUGGCCGCCGCGAGCGACGCCUGGCAGACGGUGAUGCUGUCUUCGUCAUUGUGCCACAGAAAGAGAGAGAAAGAGGGGAGAGGCUUUGACAUGGAGGGAAGCGGCUGUUUGUCGGCUCUGAGCUGAGGCCGCCCGGAUCAGCAGCUUGGAUGUACCGUCUGAAGCCUGGAGGGCCGGAGUCAUGAUCUACAUGGUGGGAAAAUUACAAUAAAGUUGAAUUCUUGAAGGUGGAAUUGAAAUGUUUCUGUGCGUAAAAGUGAACGGCCCAUAUGUUGAUAAUGCAUCAUAGGAUCAUCAUAGCACCAGCGUCUGUGCCAGUUCAGGGUGGAUUACGUCUACAGAGCAGCAGGCCUCCAUCUGAAGUCACCUUCUGAUCAGGAAACCAUAAAGAAAACCAUUUAAUAUACUUCACCCUGUUGCUGGAGGUAACAAUUGAUUCUGUUGUUUCUCUGGAAGCUGGUGCGGUGUGGUCCCGCUUGGAGGGACAGCUGUUGCAAAAGAUGACUCACUUACAGGCUGGCCUCUCUCCAGAGACCCUAGAGAAGGCCAAGGUGGAGCUGAAAGAAAACCCGGAGACUUUACACCAGGACAUCCAGGACGUCCGGGACAUGAUCAUCACCCGGCCGGACAUCGGUUUCCUCAGGACAGACGACGCGUUUAUCCUCAGAUUCCUCCGGGCGAGGAAAUUCAACCACUUCGAGGCGUUUCGGCUGCUGGCACAGUAUUUUGAGUACCGACAGCAAAACCUGGACAUGUUCAAGAACCUGAAAGCCACGGACCCAGGCAUCAAGCAGGCCCUGAAGGACGGUUUCCCCGGCGUGCUGUCCAACCUGGACAGAUACGGCAGGAAAAUAUUGGUCCUGUUCGCAGCCAACUGGGACCAGAGCAGAUACACAUUUGUGGACAUACUGAGGGCUAUCCUGCUGUCGCUGGAAUCUAUGAUAGAAGAUCCGGAGCUGCAGGUCAACGGCUUCAUCCUGAUCAUCGACUGGAGUAACUUCACCUUCAAGCAGGCGUCCAAACUGACUCCGAGCAUGCUGCGCCUGGCCAUCGAGGGGCUACAGGACAGUUUUCCUGCCAGAUUUGGAGGAAUCCACUUUGUGAACCAGCCCUGGUACAUCCAUGCUCUCUACACCGUGAUACGACCCUUCCUCAAAGACAAGACCAGGAAGAGGAUCUUCAUGCACGGCAACAACUUGAACAGUCUCCACCAGCUGAUCCAUCCUGAGAUCUUGCCGUCGGAGCUCGGUGGGAUGAUGCCUCCGUAUGAUAUGGGCACGUGGGCGCGAACGCUGCUGGACCAUGCCUACGACGAGGAGACCGACUACUGUCCGGAGUCCUACACCCUGUCCGUACAAGACCUGGAGAGAGACCUGGAAAAAAACCUGUCCCCAAAAACCAUGAAGAGAUCUCAGUCGGUGGUGGAACCAGGCGUCCUGAAACGACCAGACAAAGUCAAGAGUGAAGAAGACAACAUGCAGCCGCUGCUCUCGCUGGACUAAACCACACUUUCGACAACAGCUCAAAAGCAUACCCAAAUCAAUAUUUACACACACAAACACACUGACUUAUCUGUGCACCUGCUGUAAGCGACACGCUCGCCCUGAAAACACCUUCCUCCAGAAAAUGUUGCUGCUGCUGUUGGAUUCUUGUUUCUCUUGAACUCAAGGAAAUCUAAAUGAGCUAAGGCGAAGCAGACAAAAGGCCAGAGACGAGAAAGACGUUUCGU